CUCAACCUCUUAUAUAAACACCUCAUAUCCCCACCCAGAUUGCACAAAACAUCUUAGACCCAAAUCAAUAUCUUCAUAUCUGCCUCAUGGCGUACAGGUACAGAUCUUCUGCGUUUUUGGUGGCUUCGCUGUUUCUCUGUCUGUGUUGCUCUCUCAGUCUCAGGGCCGUUGUUGGAAUAAGAGACAUUGUAGGAGGAAGAACCGACGUCAAAAAUGUCAAGUGCAACCACGAGAUUCAAAAACUGGGGAGGUUUUCGGUGGAGGAAUUCAACAGAAGAAAGCAGCAGGAAGAAGUAGUGUUACUGCAUGGACAAGGCACGAGCAAUAGUGACGACGGUGAGCUGGUCUUCUCGGAGGUUGUAAUGGCGGAGAGACAAGUGGUGUCAGGUAUCAAUUACUACUUGCAUAUCGAAGCUUUACAGCAUGGAAUGACUAAGAGGUUUGAUGCUGUAGUAGCUGUGAAGCCAUGGCUACCGUCUAAGCAGCUGCUUGCCUUCUCUCCUUCCACCAAUUACACCAAAUAGUUUUGGUUAUUAUAAGUGUAAAGCAUGAUCGCGCAGGCGCGAUAUAUAUAUAUAUAUAUAUAUGUUUAAUCUUCUCUGCGAUUUAGGGCUUUUGUAUGGUCGUUUAUUAAUUGCUUUUCCUUUUGGGAAACGGAGAGGUUGAUGUUAAUGUGAUGAGUGUAGUCUUGUGAAUGUUUUUUCUUAUAGUAAUAAUAAAACUUAUAAAAUAUUUGAUA